CAAGUCAGCUGUCUUCCAGCCAAGAUACUUUUUUUUUCUUCCCAUUGGCCAUCCCCAACAAAAUUGGCUAUCAUUCCCAAACUGCACACAACCUCGGUAUGUACUUAACCAAAAGGAGAAAGAAAAACUUCAAGUGAUUCUAAUUGCUAACCACAGACCCUAUGUUGCCAUCUUGUCUCCUGUCCCCAGGAUACCCUGGGCUUUGCACAUGCACAAUAGAGUAAAAUUGGAACAUAGAGGAAAAAAGCCACAUUUUUGGUCUACUGCACAGGGCAACAGCAAGGAUCCUGACAGAAAAAGAUGUCAUGAAGCACACAAGGCCAGUGUGAUUAUUAGGGAAGAGGAGCACCAGACUAGUCUGAGGUUAGCAAUCAUAAUCAUUGGGGGGUGCCUUAAAAAUUGGCAUCCCCUGCAACUUUCCUUCUCUUAUAAUCACAAGGGUGCCAAUGUUAGGCAUCACCCAUUGAUUGUAAUCACUUACCUGAUACCUGGGGCUGGUGCUCCUGUUAUAUAAAAACUGCACUGGCCUGGGGUACCUGCAGUCUUCUUUCUACUGUCUUUCUUCGUGAUCAUGGAGCCAACACAUGUGCCAAAGUUCAGCUUUUCUAUUUUUUAUGUGCAAACGAUGUGAAGGUAAAAGAAGGAAGAGGAUCGCUCUCUCACAGCUACCCGGGGCUGGUGCGGUAUCAGGCCUGGGGUAUCAGGUACCUGUGUGGACUAUCCCAGAGCCUGGGCCUUCAGGUGAAAGCUGAACCCUACAGCCCCACCUUUCAGAUGGACACUGGAGGUUAUUUCAGCCCAGGAGGACUGUCUGACACCAGCAGCAGUUAUGGAGUAUCUGUUGGGGGUCAGUCUCAAGGCCUUGACUCUCCUACUGCCCUGCUGGGAUAUUCUGACUCUGGGGAUAAGAUGCUUGCAGACAGCCCACCAUCCCUUGUAGAAGACCCAACAAUACAGUGUGCCCUACGAUCUGUCCCCAAGCGUCUCUGCCUUGUUUGUGGGGAUACAGCCUCUGGAUAUCACUAUGGGGUAGCAUCUUGUGAGGCAUGCAAGGCAUUCUUCAAACGCACCAUACAAGGUAAUAUUGAGUACAGUUGCCCAGUGGUAAAUGACUGUGAAAUCACAAAGAGAAGAAGGAAGUCUUGUCAAGCCUGCCGCUUCCGAAAAUGCCUUAAUGUAGGCAUGAUGAAAGAAGGAGUACGGCUGGACCGUGUUCGAGGCGGUCGACAAAAAUACAGACGCCCUGUGGAAGUGGAUACAGCAGAUCCCUGUUCCUAUAUUACGUCUCAUCACUCAGUCUUAGGGAAAAAGACAAUGAACAAGGUGGUGUCACACUUAAUCCUUGUGGAGCCAGGAGACAUUUUUGCUACUCCAGACCCCAGUGUUCUUGACAAUGACCUCCGCACACUGACCACUUUAUGUGAACUCAUCAACCGUAAACUCCUGAUGACCAUUGGCUGGGCCAAACACGUUCCAGGAUUCUCCGCACUAUCACUUGCAGACCAGAUGGCUCUGCUGCAGAGUGCGUGGAUGGAAAUUCUCGUCUUAGGGAUAGUCUUCCGCUCCGUGACACUGAGCGAGGAACUGGCUGUGGCAGAAAACUUUCUGCUUGGCAGAGAACAGUGCAGGAGCACCGGGCUGCUCCACCUUUACAAUGUGUUGCUUCAGUUAGUGAAGAAAUACAAAAAGACCAGGCUGGACAAGGAAGAAUAUGUCACACUUAAAGCAAUGGCUUUGGCCAACUCAGACUCCACUAGCAUUGAGAAUAUGGAGGCUGUCUUGAGUCUACAAGACCAUCUACACGAGGCCCUGCAGGAUUACGAGAGGGAAAACCAUGGAGAGGACAAUCACCGCUCUGGAAAACUUCUCAUGACUUUGCCUCUGCUGCGCCAGACAGCCAAUGAGGCUGUACGCACCUUUUGCCAGAUCCGGCUGGAGGGGAGAAUCCCCAUGCACAAACUCUUUCUUGAAAUGCUGGAGGCAAAAAUGUGACUUAAUGUGUGGCCCUCUCAUCUUACUCUCAAAAGACUGAGCCAAAUUGCAACAAACCAAAAUGCAGGGCAAACUUGACUGAUGUUGACACAUGGGCUUAUUGUUUAUUGAAAAAAAAAAACAAGCAUCCCAUAAUUCCUGGAAUUGUGGGUUAAUCACAGUGAGAUUUAACUGCACAGUCUAACUUGUAAAUAGAUAUUUUGCCAAGAAAAACUAGUUUGUUAUGUUUGCUGUUUAGCUGGAAUAAUGUUUUGCAAACAAUAUCACAGAUUACUGUAUUUCAGUGUACUGGCAUUUUGGUACCGCUCUUAUUGUUGAUGUAUAUGUGGUAGAUACAGAAACAGAGGCGUGGCACUUUGUCAGGAAGUGUUUGCAUAAAAUCAACAUCUGUCUGUGUACAAGGAAGCAAAGUUUAAUCGUUGAUUCCAGUACAUUCCAUUACCAUAUACUGUUAACAUGAAGAACUGCAUGACAGUAAUCACCCAUUUUUCUGUGAUCUUCUCCUCAGCAAAAAAAGUAUAAAAUGGCAUAUCUUAAAUAUGACUGGAUCCUGGAAAAAGCAUCCAAUCACAGCUUUGUUCACAAAAAGUGAUAGCAAUAGUUUAAAGAGUACCCUAAAUGAAAUACCCUACUGGGCUGGUGCCCAGAGGAAGUUUAUCACAAUGAUUCCCUACCUGAUGAAAAGACUUACAAUCAAUGAGUCCAAUGAGUAAAUAAGUAAACUAGUUUUACCUCUUAGCAAAUUCAUUUUAGAUAGAAGCUUAAAGGUCCCCAUACACUAUAAGAUCCGCUCGCUUGGCGAUGUCGCCAAGCGAGCG